AUGGCGAGCAAGCUUUUCGCGUUAGCUUGCAUUCGGAAUGAGAGCUGUCGAGAUUUGUCGCCGGCGCCGCAUUAUCCUUCGAUGCCCAAGUACCCCAAGGGCGUUCCUGUUCAGGAGAACAUGGAAGGAUCAGAGGCGAAGGCUUUGUUCUCGGUAUUGGGAAUGACUUGCUCCGCUUGCGCUGGUUCUGUCGAGAAAGCCAUCAAACGGCUUCCUGGUAUUCGAGAUGCUGCGGUUGAUGUUCUCAACAACAAAGCCCAGGUUCUCUUUUUCCCGAAUUUCGUUAAUGAGGAGACAAUUCGAGAGGCCAUUGAAGAUGCUGGAUUUGAAGCUGCAUUAAUUAAGGAUGAUGUAGAUAACAAAUCUGUGCAAACAUGCCGAUUUCACAUAAAAGGAAUGACUUGCACCUCUUGCUCAAGAGCUGUUGAAUCUGCUUUGCAAGGUAUUAAUGGUGUACAAAAUGCUCAAGUUGCACUAGCAACUGAAGAAGCAGAAAUACGUUAUGAUUCAAAGAUAGUCAGCCACAACCAGUUACUGGAAGCAAUUGAGGAUGCUGGUUUUGAAGCUAUACUUAUUAGCACCGGGGAAGACAAGAGCAAGAUACAGCUCAAAGUAGAUGGAGUCCGCACUAAUUAUUCAAUGAGGAUAAUUGAAGAAUCUCUCCAGGCCCUCCCAGGAGUUCAAGAUAUAGAAUAUGAUCCCUUGCUGAAUAAAGUGUCUCUUUCUUACAAGCCAGAUGAAACGGGUCCUAGAAACUUCAUCCAAGUGAUAGAGUCAACUGGAUCAGGGCGCUUCAAGGCCAUGAUCUUCCCUGAAGAAGGGCAACAUGGAUCUCACAGACAGGAGGAAAUUAAGCAGUACUAUAAAUCCUUUCUUUGGAGUUUAAUUUUUACCAUCCCAGUUUUCCUUACUUCCAUGGUGUUCAUGUAUAUCCCUGGUAUUAAACAGGGAUUAGAUUCUAAAGUAGUCAAAAUGUUGACUAAAGGGGAGCUUUUGAGAUGGGUAUUAUCCACCCCAGUACAAUUCAUCAUCGGCCGAAGAUUUUAUAUCGGGUCCUAUAAGGCAUUGAGAAAUGGCUCUGCAAACAUGGAUGUCUUGAUUGCUUUGGGAACAAAUGCAGCAUACUUUUAUUCUGUCUACACAGUAUUGAGAGCUGCAACAUCAAUGGAUUUCAAUGGUGUGGAUUUCUUCGAGACCAGCUCGAUGCUCAUCUCAUUUAUUUUGCUUGGAAAAUAUUUGGAGGUCUUGGCCAAGGGGAAGACAUCUGAGGCUAUUGCCAAGCUUAUGAACUUGGCACCUGAGACGGCAACACUGUUAACUAUUGAUGGCCAUGGAAAUGUGGUAAGUGAGAAAGAAAUUGAUAGUCGGUUGAUACAAAAGAAUGACAUAAUUAAGAUAAUUCCUGGUGCAAAAGUUGCUUCUGAUGGUUUUGUCAUAUGGGGUCAAAGCCAUGUCAAUGAGAGCAUGAUAACAGGAGAAGCCCGCCCAGUGGCAAAGAGGAAGGGUGAUGCAGUGAUUGGAGGAACUGUUAAUGAAAAUGGGGUAUUACAUAUUCAGGUAACACGAGUUGGGUCUGAGAGUGCUCUUUCACAGAUUGUUCGCCUUGUUGAAUCAGCACAAAUGGCCAAAGCUCCUGUGCAGAAGUUUGCUGAUCGUAUCUCAAAAUACUUUGUUCCCUUGGUUAUUGUUCUUGCAUUUGGAACUUGGCUUGCCUGGUUUUUAGCUGGAAAAUUCAAUGCCUAUCCAAAGUCUUGGAUACCAUCUUCAAUGGACAGCUUUGAGCUUGCUUUUCAAUUUGGCAUCUCUGUUAUGGUCAUAGCUUGCCCAUGUGCUCUAGGUCUGGCAACUCCAACAGCGGUGAUGGUUGGUACUGGGGUCGGUGCUUCCCAAGGUGUACUAAUCAAAGGAGGGCAAGCAUUGGAAAAUGCACAUAAGGUGGAUUGCAUCGUCUUUGACAAGACUGGGACACUGACCAUUGGAAAGCCAGUAGUUGUAAGCACAAGGCUCUUGAAAAACAUGGUACUUCGUGAGUUCUAUGAAUUGGUUGCUGCAACUGAGGUAAACAGUGAACAUCCACUAGCAAAGGCCAUUGUUGAGUAUGCCAAGAAAUUUGGAGAAGAUGAAGAGAACCAUGUCUGGCCAGAAGCAGAGGAUUUUGUCUCCAUCACAGGCCAUGGUGUGAAGGCAACUGUCCAAAGCAAGGAAAUAAUAGUGGGGAACAAGAGCCUGAUGUUGGAAUCUCACAUAUUUGUCCCAGUUGAUGCUGAAGAAGUCCUAGUAGAAAUGGAAGAGAUGGCACAAACUGGAAUCUUAGUAUCCAUAAAUAGGGAGGUUGUGGGACUGAUAGCCAUAUCUGAUCCACUGAAACCAGGUGCUCGGGAUGCCAUAUCUAUUCUCAAGUCCAUGAAUGUCAGGAGCAUUAUGGUGACAGGUGACAAUUGGGGCACUGCAAAUUCCAUUGCCAAAGAGGUUGGAAUUGAAACUGUUAUUGCAGAAGCCAAACCUGAACAGAAAGCAGAAAAAGUGAAGGAGUUACAGAGUAUGGGAUUAACAGUGGCUAUGGUUGGAGAUGGCAUAAAUGACUCACCGGCACUAGUGGCUGCUGAUGUGGGAAUGGCAAUUGGUGCUGGCACAGACAUUGCCAUUGAAGCUGCUGACAUUGUUCUCAUGAAGAGCAACUUGGAGGAUGUGAUAACUGCCAUUGAUCUCUCCAGAAAAACAUUCUCUCGCAUUCGGCUGAACUACAUAUGGGCAUUAGGUUAUAAUCUACUUGGCAUCCCAAUUGCUGCUGGUGCCCUUUUCCCUUCUACCGGAUUUCGGCUACCACCAUGGAUUGCUGGGGCUGCAAUGGCAGCCUCCUCAGUUAGUGUUGUAUGCUGCUCUCUUUUGUUAAAGAACUAUAGAAGACCCAAGAAACUGGACACCCUUGAGAUAAGUGGUAUCCAGGUGGAGUGACUGAUCACAACAGAGUUGAUUCAAUCUUAUACAUACAUCGAUAUACUAGCAUAGCUUGCUGCUGUUAUGUUCUUUUAUUUUUCUUAUUUUACUAAAUUUGUGAAUUUACAAGGUUGAGUCAUAAGAAACAAAGGUUUUACUCUUGGUUGUCUCUCCAAAUUGUGAUAAUAAUUUGGUACAUUGCAAAAAAAAAAAAGGUUCACCUUCUUCCUUUU